AUGGCUGCUUCUCCAUCUGAUGUCAUCAAUCCUGCUUCUACGUCCCAGUUUCAUAACAUCAAUAUGUCCAAUGUCACCAAGCUCACCGCUUCCAAUUUCCUGAUGUGGAACCGUCAAGUUCAUGCCUUGCUUGCAGGUUACGGUCUUGUCGGGUAUCUUGAUGGCACCACGGUUGCACCAGAUGCGACUGUGCUCCAAGGUGAAGCUUCUAUUCCUAAUCCAGAGUAUAAUCUUUGGGAACCGCAAGAUCAACUCAUUGUUGCUAGCCUUCUCGGUGCGAUCUCGACUGAGAUCCAACCCAUGCUCUCCAAGCUUCGAGAACAGAUCAAGCAAUGGCGGAAGGGUUCUCGUACUGUUGAUGAAUACGUUCAAGGUUUGGUUGUUCGUUUCGAUCAACUUGCUACGCUUGGCAAGCCAUACGAACAUGAAGAACAGAUCGAGUAUCUGUUAGGUGGGCUUCCUGAGUAUUAUAAGCCUCUUGUUGAACAGAUCGAGGGUCGUGACACGCCUCCCUCCAUGCCUGCCAUUCAUGAAAAACUCAUUAAUUAUGAGUUGAAGCUUCUUACACAAGGUUUUGCGUCCUCCGUUGUUCCGGUCACGGCCAAUGCUGCCUUUUACAAGUCCUCCAACAACAACAACAACAACAACUCCUCCCGUCCACAUCGGCCUCCGUCACGUGGUUCACACCACCACAACUCCCGUGGCUCCCAUGGCAAAGGUUACCAAGGUCGUUGUCAAUUAUGUGGUGUCUUUGGUCAUAGUGCGCGGAGGUGUUCUCAGCUCCCCUCCGGCGGUUCCUAUCAACCCUCCGGUGGAAACUAUCAGCCUUCCGGCGGACCCUCCACAUCGUGGCAACCUCGUGCCAACAUGGCUAUUGUGCCUCCUUAUAAUCCGGGGAAUUGGAUCAUGGAUUCGGGUGCCACACAUCACUUAACAUCUGAUCUUGCCAACUUGUCUCUUCAUCAACCGUGUACUGGUGGUGAGGAAGUGCAAAUUGCGGAUGGUUCUGGCCUCAAAAUCACACAUACCGGUUCUACCUCCCUUCCUACUUCAUCUCGCUCUCUUGAUCUCAAAGAUAUUUUAUAUGUUCUGGAUGUUCGAAAGAACUUGAUAUCAGUUUUUCGAUUAUGCAACACUAAUCAAGUUUCGGUUCAUUUCUAUCCGGCACUAUUUCAAGUGAGGGAUCUGAGCACGGGGGUCAAGUUACUCUAA